AUGGAUCUUCAUAGCAACACAAAUUGGCUGCAUGUUGUUAACAUGCUUCCUUCCUUACUGGAGUUACACUUAUCUGAUUGCAGAUUAGUAAGCCAUCCACUAUCUCUACAGAGGAUUAACUUCACCUCACUUUCGGUCCUUGAUCUUUCAACUAAUGAUUUCAAUACUUCUUCAUUUCCCAGUUGGAUUUUCAAUCUUACUAGCCUCAUGAAACUUGUUCUAUUAAGGAAUUCUUUCAAUUGUCAUAUUCCAGUUGAACUUGGAAACCUCAAAUCUCUUGAAUACCUAGAUUUAUCUUAUUUGGGGCUCAAAGGUAGUGGAGUUCCCAGAGUCCUUGGAAACUUGUGCAAGCUAAAGACAUUACGUCUUGAGGCGAACGAUUUUGAUGGUGGGGGGAUUGAAGAGUUUUGGGGGAGUUUUUCAAAUUGUCCAAAUAAUACACUAGUAUUAGAGUCACUAUAUUUGUCUUAUUGUGGGCUGGAAGGCCAAUUGCCAGCCUCCUUAGGAAUGUUAAAAAGUUUGCAGUAUUUGGACCUCUCUGAUAAUCACAUGAACGGGUCCAUUCCACAAAGUCUAGGACAACUCUCCGAGCUAGUUGUACUCUAUCUGUUUGGGAAUUCUUUGGAAGGCAAUAUAACGGAAGCCCAUUUCAUUAAUCUCACCAAAUUAAAAAGUCUUUCAAUAGGCAACUAUUCAUAUGACAUACAAAAGCCAAUGUCCCUCAUUUUUAACGUGUCUUAUGAUUGGGUUCCUCCUUUCAAGCUCCACGAAAUUGAGAUUGGAAACUGUAAAGUAGGUCCUCGUUUUGGGGUAUGGCUUCAAUCUCAGAUUGAACUAGUAAAGGUCACCCUUAGUGGAACUGGAAUAUCAGAUUCUAUACCUGAGGAAUGGUUGUUGAAGCUAUCUUCCCAACUCGCAUUUCUGGAUUUAUCUUACAACCAAUUUCGAGGUAGGCUUUCAUCAAACAAAUUGAUGAGAUUUCCGAAUUUAGAUAAAAUAAUUUUGAAUCAUAAUCAAUUAGAGGGCCCACUCCCACUAUGGUCCACCAAUGCCACCUACCUUGAUCUCGAAAGCAAUUUAUUUUCCGGGCCAAUUCCCUCGAGUGUUGACCAGCUCAUGCCCAAAUUGAUAGAGUUGUUUCUUUCAGAGAAUCAUUUGAAUGGUACUAUUCCACCUUCUAUAUUCAACAUGCAAGACCUGAGAAUCCUUUCCCUUAGGAGCAAUCAUUUUUCUGGAGAAUUCCUUCACGUAGGGAGAUUGGGGAGCCAUAUACUCGUUUUAGAUGUUGCCUACAACAAUCUCUCUGGUAAUAUUCCCACUUCAAUGGGGUUGUUAAGUUCUCUUCAAAUUUUGAAGCUAAAUAACAACAAUUUUGGAGGUAAGAUUCCCGAUUCUUUGCACAAUUGCUCUCUUUUGAAAAGUAUCGAUGUUGGAGGGAACAAAUUAUCUGGGAGCAUACCUCCAUGGAUAGGAGGAUGGAAUGUAUCCAUGUUGUACAUGCUACGAUUGCGAUCCAACUUUUUUACUGGACAUAUUCCCCAAAAAUUGUGCAAUCUUGGCUAUCUUCACAUCCUCGACCUCAGCCACAACAACUUUUCAGGUACUAUUCCCAAAUGUUUCAAUAAUUUGACUGCUCUUGUUCGUGAUGAUUCCAAUGAAUCAUAUAUAUUAUAUAAUGAGCAAACCAUGCUGACAUUAAAAGGACAAGAACUCGUGUAUAGCACCACUCUAAUGCUGGUAAAGAGCAUUGAUCUUUCAUCAAAUAUUCUGGAAGGUGAAAUCCCUCAAGAGAUAGGAAGCCUCACUUUAUUGGGUACCUUGAACUUGUCGAGAAAUCAGUUGACUGGUAAGAUCCCCUCGGAGGUUGGAAAUAUAUGUGAGCUCGAAACUCUUGAUCUCUCAAACAACCGUCUUUCAGGACAGAUUCCUCAAACCCUUGCAUCCUUAACAUUCUUGUCGCACUUGAAUUUGGCUUAUAACAACCUCGUGGGGAGAAUUCCUUUGGGCAACCAAUUUCAAACAUUCACUGAUCCGUCCAUUUAUAUGGGCAAUCCAUCAUUGUGUGGGGUUCCUCUUCCAAGAAAAUGCCCCGGAGAUGACACUUUUACUGCUACAGAUGCAAAACCCAGUAAUGAAGAUGGAAGUGAUAAGUUGUGGUUCUAUGUCAGCACAGUACUUGGGUUUGUCGUGGGCUUUUGGGGCGUUUGUGGUAUGUUACUCAUGAAGAAAUCCUAG